AUGGGUGACAAGGAGCUUGCGGGGCGGGCUCUGGGUCCCAAACAGCUGGUGCCAGACCCAGGGCUCCGACCGGCUAGCGUGAUGGUCCUGCACCAGUCCCUGGCUCCAGCCUUUGAAAAGUUCUGCCAAGCCAACAGUGGCCCUCUGCCCCUGCUGGGCCUCCGUGAGCCAGGCACAUGGCCCUCGCCUGCCCCGAACGGUGUCCCGGACCCCAGGACGGGCUGUCCCCAGUUCCAGAAGUACAAGUUCAGUGCCUGCGCGGGCAGCCUGACCUCGCUGGAGGACUACCCGGAGCCCCUGGAGGACAUGGUGGCCUUCUUCGUGGACUGCGGCUUCUCGGAAGCAGCUCUGGAGAAGGUGGGGCUCCCCAGAGGAUACUUGGCCCGCCACGGUCUCGUGGGGGCCUACAAGACAACAGUGCCUUGUGUCGCCAUGGCUGGCUUUUGCUGCCCCCUGGUGGUCACAAUGAGGCCCAUCCCCGAGGACAAGCUGGAAAGGCUGGUGCAGGCCAGUUGCUCCAUGGAGAGACAACCCAUUCAUAUCGGUGACCCAGAAUGGUUGGGAAUCAAAGAUCUUUCCAAACCUGACUAUGGGAAUCCUGUGGUGUGUCAGCCAGGGGACGUCCCAUGGACUUCUCAGAUGAUCGAGACUGGUCAGCAGCUCGAAGUACUCGAAGCCGUCAGCAGCUGCAAGACCCCACUGGCUUUCACCAGUGCACCGGGUUGCACAGUCAUGACCAACCUGAAGGAUACAGAGGCUGCAGCCCGUUGUCUUACCCCUGAGGGAAUUCCAGAGGUCCAUUGCAUUUCCCAUCCUUUGCACGACAGCAUGGCAUUGGCUUCAGCUGUUCAGAAGAUUAGAGAGCUAGAGACUAUGAUUGCCAUAGACCCAGGCCAACAGGGGAUCGGACACCUGCUCUGCAGAGAUGAGCUGCUGCAAGUCUCCCUGUCACUGUCGCAUGCCUGCUCAGUGCUCAUCACCACCGGCUUCUCCACACACUUCAACCACCAGCCCCCGGAAGAGACGGACGGCCCUCCAGGAGCCACGGCCCUGGCCGCCUUCCUGCAGGCCUUGGGGAAGGGGGUCUCCAUGAUCGUUGACCGGAGAGCCUUGAGUUUGUUCGAGAGGCUUGUGGAAGAAGCUAUUGAGCAAGGUGUUCUGAAGACACCGAUCCCCUUAUUAACUUUCCAAGGUGAAUCAGCAGGAGCCGCUCAGGCAUUUCUCUGCAAAGAUGCGGACCCCAAGUCACCGAGAUUCGACCAUCUGGUGGCAAUAGAACGGGCAGGAAGGGCUUCCUAUGGCAAUUACUAUAACACGAGGAAGAUGAACAUCAAGCACUUGGCUGACCCCAUUGACGACCCUUUCCUUGCAACACAGAAGAUUCCUGGAAUCUCAUCAACUGUAAUUGGUGACGGGGGCAAUGAGCUUGGGAUGGGCAAAGUCAAGGAGGCUGUGAAGAGACACAUACGCAAUGGGAAUGUGAUCGCCUGUGACGUGGAGGCUGACUUUGCUGUCAUCACUGGUGUUUCUAACUGGGGAGGCUAUGCCUUGGCCUGUGCACUGUACAUCCUAAACUCAUGUGAGGUCCACCAAUGUUACCUAAGGAAGGAAGUUGGGCCCUCCAGAGUGCCCGGGGAACAGAACUGGACUCAGGCCCUUCCAUCCGUUGCCAAGGAAGAAAAGUUGUUGGGCAUCCUGGCGCGGCACAAAGUUCGGAGUGGAGUCUCGGGCGUCGUGGGCAUGGAGGUGGACAGGCUGCCCUUCCACGGCACCCACGCCCAGAUGAUCCGGAAGCUGGUGGAUGUCGCCACGCUCCUCACAGCUCACCGAGUCCCUCCCGGCCCCAAGCUUCAUGGGCCGGGGAUCCUCCAGUGA